AUGUCAACGAACGCAGACUCAAUCGCCAACCAGGCCGGUGAUGGCUCAAGCGGCGAGUUCAGCUCUCGCAUUGCCCCCUCCGAGCCCAUGAUGUCCUCAGGCAAACAACCAGGCAAAUUGGUCGGUAAUGACGCCGCCCCCGAGUUCCAAGCCGAAACCCUGCCCGCCGGCACCGCACCAACCAGCAGAACCUUCCAACCCAACCCCACCGACGAAGCCCCACCGCAAGCCACCAACGCCGCGGCCGAAGACACCAUCCUCGGCAGCACAUCGGGAGAUGUUCACACCGGCCUCGGCCACCCUGGCUCAGGGCAGUCAAGCACAGAGAUCCGCCACGACGGCGAGAAGGGCAGAAAUAACCCAGGCAAGAGUGUGCAGGGGGUUGGGGAGUCGACGCAGAACUUCGAGACGAACGAUGAGCGCGAUCCUCAGUACAAGGAUGACGUUGACGAGCGCGAGCGUGGGCGGGGUGAGAAGUUGGGCGCGGAGGACCGAGAGCCUGUUAGUGCUGAGAACCUGGCAUCGGAGCGUUCGGGGAGGGAGCGUCAGGAUCGUGGAAAUUGA